AUGGCCUCGACAACCCAGCCAGGAUACGUGAUUCUUCAUGUUCGAGACCUUCACAGCGAUGGUCCCUUCCCUCAGCGCCGUGUCAUCCUCACAUCGCCAGACUGGUUCGUCAAGAUCGGACGUGGGAACAUGACAAGCGAUGAAGGCCUGAUCCCCAGCCUGAGCAACACGACCUUUGAUUCAAGAGUGAUGUCCAGAAACCAUGCUAUAUUCUCGGCCAAUCCAGAGACUAAAGAGAUUUUUGUCACGGACGUCGGCUCUAUGCACGGCACUCACCUUGCCGGUAGACGAUUGAAGACCGAGGAACCUGCAAAACUCUCUCCUCAGGAUAUCAUCACCCUCGGCGCCGAUGUGAGCAGGGGUCCAUCAUUCUAUAAACCCGUAAAGGUUUCCGUCGACUGGACGUGGUAUGAAAAUGAUGACGAGUCUCUCAACGACAAUCCUGCUUCCACCCAACCAACUCGCAACUCCUUUUCCGCCGAAUAUAGCGAUGAGGAUGCAUACGGAAGCGAUGUCGACCCACGAGAACUCAAUAAUUUCCAAGAACAUACGGGAUUGGAGCAAGAAGUGGUCGUAGCUGAAAACGCUCUUGGAGAGAAACGAGCAGAUACGGUUGACGAAGACGAAGAAGAGGAUGCCGCGGUCAACGCCGUGGAAGACUCAUUUUGCUUCCCACGUGUUGAAGUCACGGCCUCACUAUCACGCACCUUCAGUGUUCCAGACUCUGAUAGCUCUGACGUCAACAGCUAUGUGUCUAGCAGCGAAGACUCCAACAUUGAUAGUCCGACCUCGAGUCCUGUCAAUGCGGCUCAGGUAGUCGAAGGCAAAGAAGUGGCUCCUCAGUACAUCGACAUGGGGGCCGAUAUUCCCGCACAAACCGCGCAGGCUGAUUAUGAACCGACAGCCACGCCUGGUUUUUCAAAGACCGACCCAGCAGAUGUCAUUAUGUGGUCUUCAGGAUGCCUUGAUGCCAUCCGAGACGGAAGGGAAAAUGAUGCAAACAGUGGGUGUCCUCUUCCAACAGAAGCCGACCCCCUUGGCCCUCGGCCCAUCAGAUCGGCACUUGAAGAGUUACCUAAGACUACUCGUCUUGACACUUUGGCGCUCCCUCAAGACAGAGUACAUGCACAUCGAGCACCUAGUCCAUCGGAUGCGGCGAUGGCCAAGUCGUCGACCAGCGAGAUGCCUCGGGCUCCACCAUUUGUUCAAUCCUCGGCCACCACCCACGAAACAUUCCCUGCUGACUACCCAGAAACUCGCUCGAUUUCCGCAUGGGCAGGUCACAAUUCUGUUUUGUACGAUUUUCACACAGGGCCUCCAACAGGGUGCGUUAAAGAAACUCCUCCGUGGCAUCGGGAAUGGGCUGGCAGUUCCCCAUGCACCGCCUUGACGCUACCACCGCUGGACCCUAACAGAGUCCUCGCCGUCGCCGAGCCAGUGCCCGCCUCCGCGGGAAACCAUGUCUUGAAACCGGAGCAAUCCCACAAGCGAAAAGCAGAUCAUUUGUCGUCGGACAACCUCUCUGUACAUACAGCUGAUGAGUUUCUUCACCUUUGGGAGACGGCCAAACCUGACCCUGACCUUGUCAAUGAUGCAGGAGCUGAGGCCCGAGAAGAGAGUCCCUCCAGCUCGCCUCUCGCAGACAUCCCGGUUCAGAGCACAGAGAUUGACGAUCAGCCAGCUCGAAAGAAGGUGAAAACGGGCGUGGUCAGUGUUACGGAGCCACGAGGAAAUGGUACUAGCGAUGCCGUGAAACUCGUCGUGGCAGCGAUUGCUGGUGUGGCUAUUGGAGCCGUUGGCACAGUGAUCGGACUUGCAGCUUUACCUCCCCUUGCGUGA